GUCGUCAGACCGCGUUUCCCGCCUUACAAACUCGGGUACGCGCCACUGCGCGAUGGGUGUAUCAAUAAACCCGAAUAGCAGUUUAUUAAUGUCCCGGGUGGCUUCUGCCCUGAUGCCACGACCCGAAGCUUAAUACACCCCAUCAUACCAUCACAAUAGCGCGACCGGACGUUGUUCGCGCCGCCACAAUGACGAAAACCGUCGGGCUAGGGGCCCGGUUACGGUACCCCAUCACAAUCGUCAAACUCCACAAGCGGCCCGGCGACAAGAUCAGGAAACAAGAGACUCUGAUGGAAUACUCGUUCAAGUGGAUGAAGGAAGUCGGCGAUACCAUCCGUGGCAACACAUGGCAGCAGGAGCAGACGACUAUCGUGACAUGGGAUUCACCCAGCGACGGCGAGCUGACGCGCUGGCUCAUCCGCGAGGGCGAGCAUAUCUUGUCCGACAGAAAGGCCAUAGAGGUCAAGGAGGAAUGCUCGCAUGAGAUCCAGUUUCAGGGUCUCUGCGGCAUGUGCGGGAAGGAUAUGACCGAGGUCAACUGGGCGGUCGAGACCCGCGACACAGCACGCGCGCCCAUCAACAUGGUGCACGACCAAACCAAUUUGACCGUGAGCGAGGUUCAUGCUCAGCGCACGGAACAGGAGCUGCAGCGGCGCCUACUGCAGAGCCGGAAGCUCAGCCUCGUGGUCGAUCUCGACCAGACCAUCAUCCAGGCGUGCAUCGAUCCGACCGUGGGCGAGUGGCAGGCGGAUCCGACCAACCCCAACCACGAGUCUGUCAAAGGGAUCAAGAGCUUUCAGCUCGACGAUGGCCCUACGAACCUAGCGAAACAAUGCUCGUACUACAUCAAGAUGCGCCCCGGCCUCGAGUCCUUCCUCAGGAGCAUCGCCGAGAUGUACGAGCUGCAUGUCUACACCAUGGGCACGCGCGCAUAUGCACAAAAUGUGGCCCGCGUUGUUGACCCGGACAAGAAGCUCUUUGGCAAUCGCGUCCUCAGCCGUGACGAAAACGGCAGCAUCCUUGCCAAGGACUUGCAACGACUCUUCCCCGUCAGCACCCACAUGGUGGCCAUCAUCGACGAUCGGUCCGACGUGUGGCCGCGCAACCGGCCCAAUCUGAUCAAGGUCUCGCCGUACGAGUUUUUCAAGGGCAUCGGAGAUAUCAACUCAAGUUUCCUCCCGAAACGCCAAGACCUGAGCUCGACGGGCCCGACGGCCAACGGGGUCAAGAAGAGAAAGAGAAACGAACCCGCCCCUAAAAGCAAAGACGAUGCCGCAGCGGUCGACGACCCGGCGGUCACAAAAUUGCAGGUCGAGGAGCAAAAGCGCACGUUUGAGAAGCAGAUUAACGAUCGCCCGCUCCAGGCCCUCCAAGAGAAGCUCGACAAGGAGGAUGAAGAGGCGGAGAAGGCAACGGUCCAGUCCGAGGACGGCUCCGAGUCGCGCUCAUCAUCCCCCCCUCCCUCGCAACGCCACCGCGUCCUACACGACGACGACGAGGAGCUCGAGUAUCUCCAACAACACCUUACCUCCCUCCACACCGCCUACUACGCCGAGUACGACAACAACCUGGCGUCGCAAAACACCGCCGCCGUCGAUUCCACCACGGUACCCGACGCCGGGUGCAUUCUCGACGAGCUCAAGGGCGGAGUGCUACAGGGCAUUAGGAUUGUCCUUUCCGGUGUCUUACCUAGGGGGAUCGACAUUUACGGCUCCGAGAUCGGCCUGCAAAUCAUGUCGUUCGGCGCCGAGCUGCGGCCCACCGUCACCAAGGACGUCACGCACCUGGUCGUGAACACGGCCCAGCCCGGGCGGGAGAAGCUGCUCGAGGCGCGGCGGCGGCCCCACAUCAAGAUCGUCAGCCAAGAAUGGCUCGUCGCCUGCUUCACCCAGUGGGCCGUCGUGGACGAGGCCCCCUACGUCUUCAGCGCGCGCCUGAUGGAGGAAGACGACCCGGACCACCGGCCCGUCGUCAGCGACGACGAAGACACCCAAGAAGACGCGCAGGAGGACACACAUGACAACAACAACAACAACGCCCCGGACACCAAUAACAACACCCCCAAACUCACCAACGGCACCAAGCCCACCAGACUCCGCCUCGUCCCCAUCACCACCGGGACCCACACGCCCGCGGAAGGCGACCGCCGCGACGAAGACGACGAGCCGGGCCUGCUGCCCUCGGACCCGGUCGACGGCCAGCGGUCGCCCAUCGACUUCACCAACAUGAACUGGGGCACCGCCGACGAGGAAGUGGCUGAGUUCCUUGCGAGCGGGUCGUCGGAUGAGGAGGACGAUGAUGAUGAUGACGAUGGCGAUGACGACAACAGCGAGGAUGGUGGCGAUGAGGACGUGGACGUGGAGCUGCCCGCUGGGGAGGCUGUGCCUGCGUCGGCGUCGGCGUCGGUCGCGGUGGUGAGGAAGCGGAAGGGGCGGGAUGAGGAGGAGGAUGAUGAGGAUGGUGGGGAUGGGGAUGGGGAUGAGGAUGAGGGCAAGGGUGGGGAGAAAGGGGAGAAUGGCGCGCCGGCUAAGCGGUUGAGGCGGACGGACAGCCAGCGCGGGCCGUCGCUGCGGAACCUGUAUGCCACUGGCGGCGGCGGCGAGGGCGGUGACGAUGGCGCGGGGAGUGGGUUGCCUACCCCCGGGCGGUCGGACGGUCAGGAUGUGGACAUGGAUGCCCCGCCGCCGGAUGGUGGCGACGCUGGUGGUGGGGAGGAGGAGGAGGAGGAAGAGAUGGAUUUUGAUGUCGCCGAGCUGGAGGCUGAGUUUGAGGCCGAGUUCGACAAGGCCGAAUUGGAGGCUCAGAUGGCGGCGGAACAGGCGUAUGGGGCCGGGUUGACCGGCGGGGAGGAUACGGAGAAGGGUUAGGUUAGGCUUCUCCGUUUUCUGAGGUCGUGGGGAGACAGUUGACUGUGUACCUAGUUUUUAGGAGUUUGUGUGUUACAUAUGGGAUCA